CUUUUCUCUUAGGGUUGCAAAACCAAGCCUAGAACCACCGAUCUUGAGAUCACUACAACACACCCAAACAGAGCCUUAUUCUUGAGAAACAAGUUUCUUCUUCAAAACAACAUGUCUGGAACCGUGAUUGUUUUUGACUUUGACAAGACCAUUGUCGAUGUCGACAGUGACAACUGGGUCAUCGACGAAUUGGGUUUCACCGAUUUGUUCAACCAGCUUCUUCCCACCAUGCCUUGGAACUCUCUCAUGGACAGGAUGAUGAUGGAGCUUCAUUCAAAAGGUAAGACCAUAGAGGACAUUGAAGAGGUUCUGCAUAGGAUUCCUUUGCACCCAAGAGUAAUACCCGCUAUUCAAGCAGCUCAUGCUUUCGGGUGUGAUUUGAGGAUUGUGAGUGAUGCAAACAUGUUUUUCAUUGAGACCAUUCUGAAGCACUUGGGAAUAAGGGAAUACUUCUCGGAGAUUAACACUAACCCAGGUUAUGUUAACGAAGAAGGAAGGUUAAGGAUUUUGCCUUACCAUGACUUCAACAAAGCUUCCCAUGGCUGCACUUUGUGUCCUCCAAAUAUGUGCAAGGGUUUAAUCAUUGAUAGAAUCCAAGAUUCAAUUUCACAAGAGGGUAACAAGAGGAUGAUCUAUCUUGGUGAUGGUAGUGGUGACUAUUGCCCAAGCUUGAGGCUAAAAGAGAGAGACUUUAUGAUGCCAAGGAAGAACUUUCCAGCGUGGGAUUUGAUAUGCAAAGACCCUUUGCUUGUUAAGGCUGAAAUUCAUGGCUGGAGUGAUGGAGAAGAGUUGGAGCAAGUUCUGUUGCACUUAAUCGCCAAAAUUUCAAUGGAGGAAAAUUCUCAGUUCAUUUCAUCUGAUUGCAAGCUACAGACUCUCUCUGUCUCUGCUUUGGAGGGUUUGCCUAAAGUCCUCCCAGUUAGACCAUAAUUUCUUAGUAUCUAAAAAAAAUGUAUCAUAACUCAAAAAGGGGUUUUUCUUUUUUCGUUGAUUAACCUUCAUCACUAAAAUUGUUAAUGUUGGAAGUGGUCCAAAAUGGGCAGCUAUAAUUUCUAGCAGAUACAAAUAGUGGUUUGCUCUAGAUCCUUGCGGAUUGGUUAUUUUUAUGUGUUUAUUAUUAUUUUACAGUGGAAAUUAUUUGACUAAA